AUGGCUGACGACAGUCUGUAUCAACUAACUCAACUAGUCAAGCAUAAUGAUUAUUCUUCGGAUUCAUUAAAUCAACUUUAUCAAUGCAUAAGUACAAUGACAGAAAGAUCAAUUGGAUGCUUGAAUUGGGAUAAAUUUUUCAAAAAAAUCACAGUGACUGAUGAAGUUCUUUUACAUUUUUUAGCAUCCGUUUUAAACAUUGAAAAGAUAUCAGAAUGUUUCAAGGAUUCUAUUUUUUAUCACAAUAUUAAUCUUGAAAAAUUCAGUAAUUUAACUGAAACAGAACAACAAACAAUUUUAAAUUCCUACAAAGCGGAUAAAUUUACAUAUUACAUAAUGUGCUCACAAAUUGUAAAAUCAAACUGGAACAAUUUAUCCCAAACUUUAGUUAAUAUUGCAAAUCAAUAUUUGCCAUUUUUAGAUGAAGAAAAGCAAAUAUAUAUAUUUACUGAAAUAACUGGCAAUUAUCAAAAUUUUGAAAUUUCAGUUGCAAACUUGUUACUUUUUUAUGAAAACAAUGAAGAAAAAUUAAGCAACUGUUUUAAUUUAACAUUGUUCCAGCAAAUUUAUUCCAAAAAUGGAAUCGAGCAAAUGAUAUUUUUUGCUGCAAAUACAAUUUGUUGCAAUAACACUUCUAUCAAUUUUUACAAUCUCCUUGAAAUUGAAGAAAUGAAUCCAUUUGAUUUUUUUUAUUUCUCAAUUCAAUAUAAAGAGAUAUUAAAUUGCGAUGAUUUUCCAAAAGUUACAGAAGUAAUCACAGGUUUAAUCUCAGCUUCAAAUAUUAAUGCUAUUAUGUGA